UCAUUCGAUAUACUGGUACACGCGAAAAGCGCGAUCGCGCAAAGCGUAACGCGGUGGUGCUCGCGCGUACCCUGGCAUCGAUGUAAAGCUGAACGAGAGGGAGAAAGAGAAAGAGAGGGAAGGAGAGAGAGGACGAUGAGAGAACGAAGUAGUAAAGGAAGAGGAAGAGGAGGAGGCGGAGGUGGAGGAGGAGAAGAGGGUGUUCGCAAAGUGUCCCUAAAACUUUUACAAUCGCUCGCUCGGCUCGCUCGGUUCGCCCGGCUCGUCGGUCUCUCCGCAGCUAGAGGGCUAUGCUUGAUGGCGUAUCUUCCAAUGUGAGUUGCCCAUAAUACUAAGAUGUACGGCUGCGCCGGUAGGGGUCCGUUCCCGACGCCGCCAACGCCGCCACCACCACCUCCUCGUUCCUCGUUCCGUUCGUUCGUUCGUUCGUUUGCACCGCUCGCAUCUCGUUUCGUUCUCUCGUUCACCCGGGUUCUUUCCAUCAUCUUGAUACCGACGUAUUUCUAUUUGUAUUAUUCGUCAAUCGGAAAUCUCGAAAUCCGCGGAGUCGCGUGACACCCGAGCGUUUCCGCCGAAAGUUUUAAACUCACGGGCAAACUUCGAGGGAGAGGGAGAGAAGAGGGCACGAUGGCGCAAUCACAGGGACCACGGAAGUAACGAGUCCUAAAACGUUUGAAGAGGCGAGCAAGGAACGCAGCUCCAGAUUCCGUGAUACUUUAUCGUGUGCUGUGUGCGCGAGUUUCAGUUCUAAGGAAAGUGCCGUGAAAACAAAAACGAUGACGACCGACAAGGAAAAUCGAUGACGAGCAACGAGGAUGGCGGCUCUCCGAUGACUGACACAACAGCCGGUUCGCCGAUGCGGCGGAAACCUCCGGGACCAUGGCGGCUCAGCGGCCAAUGGAUUACUGGCACUACGCUGAGCUGCCUUUCCGCCACACCCUGCCGAGAAUUACCGGGAGCAUCGAAACUUUUGUAUGAAGCGAGAUGGGAAGACACAGUCGUUCGAGAAUGGCGGAAGUUGCGAGGCGAGGCGAGGCGCGGCAUAUCGUGCUCGAGCAACGGAGGCUGCCAACGCGGAUGGACCGCGUGCCGAGGCUGCCGCGCGCGUGAGAGAGCGAGAUGGGGAGUGGUGGUAGGUGGAGGGGAAAAUAUGUGCCAAGAUGGCCGCUCGCACGUUGCCUACACCACGUCGGAACUCUCGUAA